AUGUGUUUGAAUUGUAUCAAAUCUCAAGUUGAUAUCACUGAUGGAAUUACAAAAAGUGAGACCAUCUUCUUUUGCAGAGAAUGCGAGCGUUACCUUCAACCACCAAAAUAUUGGAUAAAAUGUGAUUUGGAAAGCAAAGAGUUGUUAACUUUAUGCUUGAAACGCAUCCACGGUUUAAAUAGAGUCAAAUUAAUCGACGCUAAAUUUUUGUGGACCGAACCUCACAGCAAGCGUUUGAAAGUUAAAGUUACAAUUCAAAAAGAAGUAUUAGGAAAUGGAACCGUUCUUCAACAAUCGUUCGUCGUGGAAUUUAUUGUUAGAAAUCAACAAUGUGAAGUGUGUCAAAAAUCCCAUACUCUUUAUACUUGGAAUGCUGUCGUUCAAGUAAGACAAAAACUUGAUCACAAAAGAACGUUCCUCUUCUUAGAACAACUGAUUUUAAAGCAUAACGUUCAUGAGAAGGCUAUCAACAUUAAGGAAGAAGCUGAUGGUUUGGACUUUUUCUUCUCUGAGAAAUCCCAUGCCAAAAAGCUCGUUGACUUUUUACAGAGCGUUUCUCCAAUCAAAUUGAAAACUGGAGAACGUUUGGUGACUCAUGAUGCCAAAUCCAACACAUUCAAUUUUAAAUAUUCAUUUUCGUUGGAAAUUGCACCAAUUUGCAGAGAGGAUUUGAUUUGUUUACCAAAGAGAUUGAGUACAUCCAUGGGUGGUAUUGGACCUUUAGUAUUAUGCACAAAGGUGAAUAAGAAUUUAUUCUUUAUUGAUCCAACUACUUUACAAACAAGCGAAUUGGAUGGAUCUUUGUAUUGGAGACAACCAUUCACAUCGACACUAACAAGCAGACAACUCUCAGAAUUCACUGUUAUUGAUGUAGAAUUGUUGGACUAUUCAUAUUUCGCAAAAAAUAACAAUAACAAUAUGCCAGCAGCUAAUGGAAAGUAUGUCCUUUGUGAAGUUCAAAUUGUGAGAAGUGAUGAAAUGAACAUGGAUCCAAUAUUCGUUAAAUCUCAUUUGGGCAACUUGCUACAUCCAGGUGAUACUGUGUUGUGUUAUGAUUUGAGAAAAGCACAAUAUGACGAAGGAGUGUUAUCCGAGUACAAGAACUCACAAACUGAAAAACUUCCAGAAGCUAUUAUUGUGAAGAAAGUUUACAAGAAGAGAAGAGAUAGAAAUUGGGAGCUCAAGACUUUGGCCUCAGAAAAGAACUUUAACAAUCCAAAUGUUAAAGAUGAAGGACCACAAGGAGAUGAUGUUGUCAUGAAGAAGAAGUCAGCCAAUAAGAAGGCUGAGAAAUUGUCAGGAAAUGAGAAACUCGAUCAGAAGAGAAAAGAAAAGGAUGUUGAAGAAUUUUAUCAAGAAUUGGAAGAAGAUAAAGAAAUGAGAUCCAAAAUUAAUAUUUUCAAAUCAAAGAAGAAGCAAACAAGUACAACCAAUGCUGUCCCUAGUUCUACACUCAAUCAAGAUGAGAAUGAUGAAAGCAGUGAUAGUGAAGAUGAAUUUGCUCCAGGAAUUGCUGACGAGGAACUUUUAGAUGAAGAAGAGUAUAACAAGAUGAGAGCAGCCAACAAAUUAGAAGAAGAGGAUGAUCAAGAUGAUAUCAACAACAACAAUAGCACUACUGAUGAAACACUUUCUGAAUCCUCCAAUGCUAAACAUGAAGAGGUGAAAAUUAUUCAACAGUAA